CUUUCUCCUCAUUUCAAAGAGCUGCAGCACCCCCUGCUAUUACCUGGAGGCGUUUUGCAAGGGUCUAGAGCAGGCGAUGAGGACCUUGUGCCCCUCAAAUCUCAACAGGAAGCCCUAAUCGACAUCUACUUCCGCCGAAUCCACCCAUUUUUGCCGCUGCUUGGCGAAGAUGAGACACGGUCUCAAUCCGCAAGCGGCACAAUCCCUCUUCGUCUGCUCCAGUCAUUUUGCCUGACUGCCUUCAAAGACAAAAGCGCGGCACCUUCUCUAAAUCUGGGCGCGGACCCAACUGUCUUACCGCCGGAAAGAUUCAGCGGGCUGAUCUAUGCCGCUAUUCUGAACAACCUGCCUAGAAAGGAAGAAAGAAGGGUCCUCACGAACCCGAUCCUCGCACUACUGUCCCUCCACGGCUGGGGUCCCCACGGAUGCGAGGAUUCUACAUUUAUGCUAUCCCAGGCAGUCCACCACUCGCACACUCUCGGUUUUCACCUGGCCAGGCCGGGGAAAGCGCCCUCGAAGUCGUCACGGGCGCUGUUCUGGUGUCUCUGGAGCCUUGAUCGAUGGAGUGCCGCCGUGAACGGCAGGCUGCUCAUGAUCCACGACUGCGACAUUUGCCAGGAGGCAGCCGAUGUUCUCCCGCUGUUCCAACCUUCCUUUCGAAUCUGGCUUCGCAUCGCAGAGCAACUGGGCUGGGUGAUCAGAUCAUGUCGCCCGGUAAUGGCUGGGAAUCAAACCGAACAAGAUCCCGAGCUCUGCUCUUUCGAAGAGAUUGUCGAAGCUUCGAAAGGCUGGGGUACAAGUGAUGAAAUACUUGGACCGCUCGAACUCUUCCACCACGCAAUCAUCAUCCUAUCAACACAUUCAAAAGGCCUGCAAGGCCGCUCACGGUUCUGAGCGGCCAAGAUCCGCCAAAACCAGUCCCUCUUAAGCGUCGCAGCCUUCAUCCGCAGACACCAGCAGACGCGAGAUCCCCCUCCGAUAUCGCUCUCCGCCUACACGAUCUCGCUCGCCGUCUCCGUGACAAACAGCCAGCUGAAAGAGACCCAACUUCCCAGCGCCCGCCGUCUCGCGUAGAACACCUCGAGCUGUUCCACCAAUUCCUGAAAUUGCUGAGCACAACCUGGUGGCUAGCAGCCGUGAUGACGCAGCUCAGCAGGAACGCGCUGGACGGCAUUCACCGG